AUGCAUCUCGCCUCUUGUCUUCUGACUAUCCUGGCUUUGGGUCUCUCGCUCUGCGGUGCUUCGCCGGCUCCAUCACGGCAUGUCGUACACGAGUCGCGCUCAUCCAUCCCUACUGGCUGGUCGCCCGUGCGACGCGCUGAUCAAGACAUCGUGCUACCGCUCCGCAUCGGGCUGGUGCAGCCCAACAUCCACAAGGUCGAGGAGUACCUCAUGGAGGUAUCACAUCCCCAAUCACCCGGAUAUGGAAAACACUGGACGCCAGCGGAGGUGGGACACGCGUUCCGCCCUUCGAAGGAAGCCGUCGACGUCGUUCGUUCGUGGUUACUAAUGAGCGCUCUGGGGGCGGACCGCAUCCGGAUGACCAACGACGGCACGUGGAUUCGCGUCUACGUGACCGUGAAAGAGGCCGAAAAGCUUCUUGGGACGGAGUACUAUGUCUAUGAGAAGGAGACCGAGGGCGAGGUCAUUGCUUGCGCCGACAAGUACCACCUCCCAGAACAUGUCUCUGGACACGUCGAGCUGGUCACGCCGACUUUACAGUUCGACUUCAAACACAAGCGCCGAGCUGCCGAGAAGAGGGAUAGACCGCCUCCAAGCAAGCUCUGGAGGGGUAUACCCACUUCAAAUGUUUCUCCAGCCAGUUCUGCCGUCGCCCAGGUCAACGGUCCCGUGGAGAAUAUUACCGAGCAGCUCUCUGCGUGCGGAGAACAAAUCACACCGGCCUGUCUGCAGCUCCUCUACAACUUCACCGACUUCACGCCCCAGGUGCCUGGAAACAACUCGAUUGCUAUCGUCGAGUUGACACCCAAUGCCUACUUAGCCAGUGACUUGGACAUGUUCUUCGCAAACUUCUCCCCAAGCCAAGUGGGCGAGCGUCCGAUAUUCGUCAGCAUCGACGGAGGUGUUGUUCAAACGACCACUGAGUCGCUCGAUGAUAACGUGGAGUCCGAUCUGGAUCUACAAUACGCCAUGGCGUUGGUGGGCCCAACACAGAAUGUCACACUCCUCCAGGCAGGCGAUCUCGUCGAAGGUGCAUCACCUAACGACGUCCUUGAUGCACUCGACGCUUCAUACUGCACAUAUGAGGGAGGGGACGAUCCUAAUUUAGACCCCGUCUACCCGGACCCUGAUGGCGGAUAUCAAGGCAAGGCGCGAACACGCCACGACUGUGGGACCGCUCCCUUGCCAAAUGUCCUCUCUUUUUCCUAUUCCAGCGCGGAAGCAUACUUCACCCCUGCGUACAUGGAGCGUAUGUGCAACGAAUUUGCGAAGCUCGGGCUGAUGGGUGUGACAGUUCUUUGGUCUACAGGGGACUAUGGUGUCGCUACUUUCGGCGACUGCCUCGAUGCCGCCGGGGAUUUGGGCAGCGGCACUGACUACACCACCUUCAGUCCGUCAUUUCCGGCCACCUGCCCGUAUGUGACUGGUGUGGGCGCCACGCAAAUCAACACAACCUCGACUCGUACUAUGGAGAGUGCGGCGUACGAGCCUGGGAAGCUCUCCUCAGGCGGUGGUUUCUCGAACAUUUUCGCGCUGCCUAGCUAUCAGCAAACUGUCGUGCAGGACUAUCUGACGAAUUAUCCGCCCCCGUACUCGUCUUCAGUGUACAAUUCGUCGGGUAACUCCCGCGCAUACCCUGACCUGUCUGCUAACGGUGUCCGAUAUACAGUAGCAGCGGAUGGAGAGUGGCUGUCGGUCUAUGGAACGUCAGCGUCGACGCCCGUCAUUGCGUCCUUCUUCACCGCCAUAAACGAUGCACGCAUCGCUGCAGGGAAGAGCAGCAUUGGCUUCAUCAACCCGACUAUCUAUUCGUCUUCGUUCCAAGCAGCCUUCAACGACAUUACCGACGGGUCAAACCCCGGGUGUGGCACCCAGGGCUUCUAUGCCGAACCAGGAUGGGACCCGGUUACCGGGAUUGGCACUCCCAAUGUCGCGAUGCUUCGCGAUUUGUGGCUUGAGCUUCAGUAAUAGUUGAAGCCACUUCAAUUUCUUCAAAGGACUUAUUAGGUUUUGAUGGGUCUUUCAAUCUUCGUUCGCGUUCACCGAUAGGCCCAUCCACUGGCUUCCAUGAUGUACUGUUCAUUGGUUGUAGAUCUUCUCGGUUUACCUAGCUAGCUUUAUGGGUCUGCUGAAAUCGCUGGUAUCACUGUGCGAAGUGAGUGACAAAUCAAUGCAUAGCUUACUACUUCAGUACUCUCCAGUACUUAGUAAGUAUUAGCACUG